GGGGCUAGCUCAGAGAGGAUUUCCUGUUUGCUGAUUGUAUGGAGCAGGCAGGGGAGUUUCCGUUUUAGGGAAAAGAGGUUUUUAAGAGAAUGGAAAGUGGGUUUUGCGUUUCGGUCAAGGCAUCAACCGUUGGAUCAUUCUCUCCUCCUCCUCCUCCUCUUAUUAAGAUGAUGAUGAUGGCCCACCAUCAUUAUCCUCAUCAUCAUGAUGAUGGAUGAUGAUCACCACCGUCCAUCAUCAUCAUCAUCAUCGACAGCAACGAUAUCCCCUCCUCCUUCUUCCUGUGGGCCCAUUAAUUCUAACAGCGGAGGCAACGAGGUGGCUGUGGGUUGCAGCUGGUCCAGCAGCACCCAUAUAUACCAUCAUGAUGGUUCUACUCCGGCUUCUGCUGCUGCUGUUGCUGCUGCUUCUGCUUCAGUUUUGAGGAGUAGGAGGAGGAGGAGGACUUUCCAGUCUUUUGACAUUUUUUCCACCACCGCUUCCAGAUCCCCAGGGGGAGGAGGAAUGGCGGCAGCUUUGGGGUUUCCUUUUACAAUGGCUCAGUGGAAGGAGCUUCAGAGACAAGCCAUGAUCUACAAGUAUAUGGUGGCUUCUCUUCCUGUGCCCCCUUAUCUUCUCUGUUCCAGUGAUCAGGAUCCUGCAGCUGCUGCUUCACACUCUUCCUUGGGUGGUGGCGGUUGUUCUGUGUUCAAUCUGAGCCUGAAAUUCUCCAACAGCAAAGAUCCGGAGCCAGGGAGGUGCAAAAGAACCGACGGGAAGAAGUGGAGGUGCUCGAGAGAUGUGGCUCCCAAUCAGAAAUACUGCGAGCGCCACAUGCACAGAGGCCGCCCCCGUUCAAGAAAGCCUGUGGAACUUCACUCCCCUUUCACCACCACCAACAGCAACAAGAAGCCACGUUCUGCUCUUCCACCUACUCCCAAGCCCACUUCUCACUCCCCCAUUUCCUCCUCUCCUCGCCUUCUUGAAUCCACCAUGCAACCACCCAAUGGGGGCUUGGAUUGGACUGUUGAGCAAGAAUGGCAGCAUCUCUUACAGACAAACAUAGGAUUGACAAGUGAAAGCUCGGCUGUUUUCCAGCAAGAUUGCAUCCAAGAGCCUCUGAAUCUGAUGUCGUAUGCAGAUUUUGCGAAUCCUGAUCUUCUUGGCUUCCACAGCCAGCCCCAAAUCGAAACUCCUAGGGGUUUCAUUGAUGCCUGGUCAAAUGAAGAUCUCAACGCCAACAACAGCAACAACGAGUCCUCUGUUUCUUCACACAGCAAUAACCUCUCCCCUUCUUCUCUCACUCUCUCAAUGGCCAUGACUCUCGACGAGGAAAUGGAUAAUCAGCAAAAGCCCCAUGUUUCGAGCUGGGUCAACCCGGUUUCUUGGCUGGAUUCCGCAACACCCGGUGGGCCAUUGGCCGAGGUUUUAAACCAUAGCAGCGUUACUGAGAACUCGGCUCCAAGUUUUCCCUUUCCCUGCAAUGAGGGUUCUACCAGGCCCUCAUCUCCGUCUGAUGCCAGUGGCUGCACAAGCCCAACGGUUGCAGCCUCAAAGAUCAUGCCUUUCCAGUGGCUGAGCUGAGUUUGAGCAAUUUGUCAUGUUUUCAGAGUGGUUUUUGUUCAUUUUGGACCCGGUUCUUUUACAACCUUUGUCAUGUUUGUUUCUUGUUUACCUGUGGAAACCGAGCUUUAGAGGUUCCAAUUAUUAUAUAUACGCGUAUAUUACAUAUCUGAUGACCUUAUCUAGAUCUGUAAUAUAGUGUGUUUUACUAUAGACCUUUAUAGAAAGGUCCCCUUUUCUCAUGGUACAGUUGUAUUUCACUUUUUUGCGAAAAUUUUACAGACUUGAUCGGGCUUACAAGGUUAUUGCCCUCAAAUCUCUCUAUAUAAAAAUAUAUAUUAAGAUUGUUCUAA